CAUAAAUACUCGCGCGUUCCGCCCGACAUUCGCACAUCGGCGUUACAAGCGACUCUGAAACUACAAAUCUUCACGAUCAACUGGGAGACCUACCAGACGUGGUACAGCCCCCGCGGCGACCUCAGCUGCGACAAGCGCCCCCUCGUCGUGCUACACGGCCGCCGGCAGGGCUGGCCUCGGGCAUCAAUAUAUGACGACGCACUAUGAGCUACAUAUAGAACGUACCCCGUCAUAUGCUACGACCACUUCGGCAUCGGGCAGAGCACGCACCUUCGUUAGAGGCCGAAGGAGUUCUGGAGAGUGCAGCUGUUUGUCGAGGAGCUCGCGAACCUCGUCGAGAAGCUUAGGAUUGCAGAGAGCUUCGACUUGUGUAGCCCGUUCGUAGGGCGGGAUGCUCGCACUGUCGUACGGGCUCGCGAAGCAACCCGAGGGACUGAAGCGGAUGGUCCUGGUAGGGACGCCGUUGCCGAUGAAGCUGUGGC